AUGACAGAAGAACAAAGGGAGCAGGAGAGGGAACGUAACCGAGAACGUCAGCGAUUGCGCCGCCUCUUGCAGACCCCAGAGGAGAGAACAGUGUACAUCGAGAAACAGAGAAAUAUACGUCGACUUCAGAGGCAAGACUCUGUGUACAGAGAGAAUGAGCGAGAGAGACAGAGGUUGAGGAAGAAGGAACUGCGAGAAUCACCUUCAUACAGAAUUCAUGAAAACACUCUCUAUCACUUACGUAAAGCAAGGAAGAUUAAUUCUCCUAAAAUGUACAUGCCACUUGAAGACAAUGAGCUCCAGGAGGUUAUGGGUGAUAAUGUUAGUCAGGAGCAGGAAUGUAGCAGUAAAAAUUCAGAUGAUAUGAUUCACUCAUGUGAAUAUGAUGAACUAGAGAAAGAACUGAACAAGAGUGAUAGCAAAUAUGAAGGAGAGGAAUCAUUGGAGGAGUUUUCUGUAAAUGAUGAUGAGGAUGAGGAUGAGGAAGAGGAUGAAAGUGACAGUGAUUUUGAAAUCAUGUAUCAAAGAUCCGUUAAAGUUACAAAACCGGACACAAGAGAAGGAUUAGAGAAAGAAGCCAGAAAAGAUAAAGAAGAUUUGAGAGUAAAGAUAUCCACAAGUAUUUUUGGCUUGCAUAAGAUCGUACCAUUGAACCAUUAA